GCCACCAGUCUAUCCUAGGUAACUAGCUAACAGAGCUUGUAUCGAGAAAAUCUAUCUGAUGGGGAGGUCGCCGUGCUGCUGCCGCGACGCCGACGUGAAGAAAGGGCCAUGGACGGAGGAGGAGGACAAGACGCUGGUGGAGCACAUCAAGAAGCACGGCGGGAAGGUCGGCAGCUGGCGCGGCCUGCCCAAGUCCGCCGGCCUCAACCGCUGCGGCAAGAGCUGCCGCCUCCGGUGGACCAACUAUCUCCGCCCCGACAUCAAGCGCGGCAACUUCACCGACGAAGAGGAGCGCCUCAUCAUCACCCUCCACGCCGGCCUCGGCAACAAGUGGUCGACGAUCGCGACGCACCUGGAGGGCCGGACAGAUAACGAGAUCAAGAACUACUGGAAUACGCACAUCCGCAAGAAGCUCCUGCGCAUGGGCGUCGACCCAGUGACGCACCAGCAGCUGCCACCCGACCAGAGCCACCGCCACCUCAACGCCACCUCCAUCGCCCACCUCCCCGAGGCGCUCCUCUGGGCCGCGGCAGCCGCGAGCCUCAGCAGCCUGGACACCGGCGCCCUCAUGCAGGCGCAGCUCCUACAGCAGCUCAUCCCGGCCAUUGGAUCCAACUAUGGCACCAGCGGCCUCAUCGCCAACCUAGCUGCAGCAAACGCAAUGCAAAACUCAAGCGGUAGCAUGGUUCCGGACCUUCUACUGGAGGACCAGAUGAACUGCCUGCAGCCGGGUUACCUCUGCAACACCUCCAAUUUUGCAGAGCAGCACGUGGUGCAGGAGCAGCUGACCAACGACACGUCUCCGGGAACGAGCUCCUUUGCAGCAGCUGAACAGGCUGAUGAGCUCUGCAACACUGCAGCUUCAUUUGCAUCGCAUCAUGUUGCACCUGUGGGUGACUCCGCGGGUGACUGGUCGCCGUCGCAGGAGUUCGCUGGCUUGCUGGAGCCCAUGAUGGAGCUUCCCGAUCUGCGCUCUCUGGAAAGUGAUUCUUUCUGGAAGGAAAUACUGGAGGACAGCUACCGUUUGUAGAUUGUUCCUUCCGGCUGAAACAAAUAUGGUGUGUAUGAUAAUUUUGUACAGUGUUAGAUCUAUCGUAAAGGUGUAGAUGAGAAGAUAAAACAUGAUGCAUUGAUUUGUUUAUGUGUUGAUUGUGCUUCUUCCAAUAGAU